GCCCGUCCGCUAUUAAGUGUGCUGGACCACAGUCGCAUCUUGGCGCUCUCGCUGGAAGUAUCGCGUCGAUUCUUCUUCGUGGUCUCGAAAGUCACACUCGACCAGCGCGAUAUCAACCCCGAUCCUGCGUCUCGGUGGGCAUGGGGUUUUAACAGUGCGAAACCGCGGUGACGAUCUCAUUCCGAACAGGCGUGGAGUUAUUUAGGCCGAAGGGAGUUUAGACGUUAACUUCAAAGCAUGCCCCUUUGUGGGCUCAGAAGACCCCAGAUGAGGGUGGUAGGGUAUAUUCUGGCCUUAUGGUUCUUAUCAGGACAAGCAGUGGCCAGUAGGCAUAACCGAGGACAUAGAGGGAGUAACCAAGAGAGCAACAGUAAUAACGACGAUAAAACACCUCUUUCACCUGGAGGACCAAAUGUGUGUCGAUCGCGAACAAGAACCUACUGUUGUCCAGGAUGGCAAAGGCACAAUUUAUUAGGAUUAUGUAUAAUUCCUGUAUGCUCAAGGCCUUGCGGAUCAGGCCAGUGCGUGUCACCAAACACGUGUCUGUGCGAAGGUGGCCACAAAGCUUCGAGUUGCAAACAGAGUUACAAGCAAAUUCAAGGAAGCGAAGGGAGACCUUGUCGUGCCAUUUGUAUGAACGGGGGUUCCUGUGUGGAUGGGAAAUGUGUUUGCGAGGCUGGAUAUACCGGGGAGUUUUGCACGGAACCUAUUUGUUUAGACCCCUGCAAAAAUGGCGGACGUUGUAUUGGCCCCGAUAGAUGUGCUUGUGUGUACGGCUUUUCAGGGAACCACUGUGAAACAGAUUAUAGGACUGGUCCCUGUUACACGGGAUACCGGAGCACCCUGUGCGUUAACCAGCUGGAAGGAGUGGUUUGUACCAAAACCCUUUGCUGUGCUACCGUCGGUAAAGCGUGGGGCCAUCCCUGUGAACACUGCCCCUCUCGGUUAGAGUGCGAGAUAGGAUUCCUGAAAAAUCUGAAGACCGGAGAAUGUGUGGAUAUAAAUGAAUGCGAAGCGAUCCCUCACUUAUGCUCCGGAGGUAGCUGCGUCAACUCCGUGGGAUCUUUCACGUGCGAGUGCCCUCCGGGACAAACUAGGAACCCCGCUACGAAUAGCUGCGAUGACAGGAAUGAGUGUGAGGACGAGGAUAUCUGUCAGAACGGUCAGUGUUAUAAUACCAAAGGUGGUUACUUCUGUUUGUGCCACCCAGGAUUCAUCCAGAGUCAAGAUAAAACGUAUUGCAUAGAUGGUCGGCAGGGUUUGUGUUAUACCGAGCGAACCCACCAAGGAUACUGCACUAACAGCCUGCAGGUCCGCCUCUCGAAGAAGGACUGCUGUUGCGGCUUCAACAUGGGACAGGGGUGGGCGAUGUUCGAAGGAGACGAAUGUAUACGAUGUCCUGAAUUCGGGGAAGACGAACAUCGGAAACUCUGCGAAGCAGCCACCCGUCACAUCAUUCCGGGUGACACGAGCGUCCACAUCACCACCGGAGACAUGAAAGUGGACCAAGUGAGCCACAUCACGGCCGUGAACGAGUGCAUGUUGAGGCCCGACAUCUGCGGAAAGGGACGGUGCAUCGACACCCAGAAAGGGUACGAGUGCGAGUGUGAUUCUGGAUACCGUCUGGGAAAAUCACAUGUGUGUGAAGACAUCGACGAAUGUAGAGAAGGCAAGUGCGUGAACGGCCGAUGCACCAAUACUCCCGGCAGUUACGUCUGCAAGUGCCCGCCCGGCUUCGACGUUUCCCCCGACGGUUCAAUGUGCACCGACCACGAUGAAUGCGCCGAAAUAGGGAUGUGCACCAAUGGCAUCUGCAUCAACAUGGACGGCAGCUACAAGUGCCAGUGCAAGACUGGAUUUAAGCUCUCUGCGACUGGAUUCGCAUGUAUAGAUAUCGACGAAUGCUAUGAGAACCCCCGGAUCUGCCUCAACGGCCGGUGCGAAAACACACCCGGUUCCUACACGUGCGCCUGCCUACCCGGUUUCAUAGAAUCCAACGACCGCACCUUCUGCAGUGACAUGGACGAGUGUACCUCAACAGGCAUGUGCGAACACGGGAAGUGCUUCAACACCGAGGGCUCCUUCCGCUGCGUCUGCGACUCGGGAUAUCGCCUGGGCCCCGACGGGAAGCACUGUGUCGACAUCGACGAGUGCAUCAACAACCCCUGCCAAUUCGGCACCUGCUACAAUACCCUGGGCAGCUUCAGGUGCGAGUGCCAUUCGGGCUUCAGCCUCGGCUCGGACGGAAGGUCCUGUCUCGACACCCGCCGAGACUUAUGUUAUCAGGAAUACCGAAACGGUAUGUGUCUCAACCCGUCCAUGACAGCGGUAACGAAAUCGAGCUGCUGCUGCUGCACCAUCAUCUCCGGGAAGCCGAUGGGUUGGGGCACCAACUGUCAGCCUUGCCCGAUGCCGGGCACGACGGAUUUUGACCAACUAUGCCCGCACGGGCCCGGCUCCACGUUCGACGGCAAUGACAUUAACGAGUGCGCUCAGAAUCCCAACAUAUGCCAGAAUGGCGCCUGCGAGAAUCUGAUCGGGACGUACCGGUGCAUCUGCAAUCCCGGAUUCGAGGCAGAUGACACCCUGAAGAUAUGCACGGACAUCAACGAGUGCGAGGUUGAGGAGUUGGUGUGCAGCGGAGGGCAGUGCCGGAACACCCCCGGCAGUUUUCAGUGCAUCUGUCCCACGGGUACACAGCUGAAUGCGCGUAACUUCGUCUGUGAGGACGUCGACGAGUGCAGGGAGUUGGGACCUGAGGCGUGCUUCAACGGAGAGUGCGUCAACACUCACGGCUCGUAUAAGUGCGAGUGUGAUCCCGGCUCGAUCUUAGACAACACCGGACGGAUCUGUAUAGAUAACAGGAAAGGCACUUGUUGGACGACUUUGAACAGGGGCCGAUGCGAGAACAACCUUCCGCUCCUCAGCCGAAGGUCAGAAUGCUGCUGCUCGGUAGGCGUCGCCUGGGGCUCCCCCUGCGAACGCUGCAACAGAAACGAAUGCGACUGCCCCAAAGGUUACGCCAAGGCCGACGGAAAAACCUGUACUGACAUCAAUGAGUGCGACCUAAACCCCGACAUCUGCCAGGGAGGAGGAACUUGCAUGAAUACAGACGGCAGCUUCACUUGCACCUGCCCCCCGGGUCUAACCCUGGACGAAACUAGAACGAAGUGUUUGGACAUACGACAGGAGCAGUGCUACACCCGGUACAAGCACGGGAAAUGCGUCAAUCCCAUCGACGGGCUCUUCUACAGGAACCUGUGCUGUUGCACGCAGAUCGGCAAGGCUUGGGGCGACAAAUGCGAGCCGUGUCCCAGACCGGGCACAGCCGCCUUCCUAGAGCUGUGUCCGAAAGGGAUGGGGUUCGUGGAUAAAAAGGAUGUCAAUGAGUGUACCGAGUUCCCCGGAAUGUGCCAGAACGGUAGGUGUAAGAAUACCAUUGGCAGCUACAACUGUAAAUGCAAUAAGGGCUACGACUACGACGAGAAUAAAAUAAAGUGCGUGGAUAUUGACGAGUGCAACUUGACGACCGAUAAUGUAUGUGGGAAUGGUGUUUGUAAAAAUAUACCCGGAGACUUCAUUUGUGUGUGUAACGAAGGGUACAGGACUAUGGCACCGAUGCAGAUUUGUAUGGACAUCGAUGAGUGCUUGGAAAUACCCGGUUUGUGUCGGGGAGGACGAUGCAUCAACUUGGAUGGUUCUUUCAAAUGCGAAUGCCCUCCCGGUCACGAACUGGCACCCGACAAGGAAUCCUGCAAGGAUAUCGACGAAUGCUCUAGGUCCAGUGGGAUUUGUUCAAACGGCGUCUGCGAGAACAUGAUGGGGACGUAUCAGUGCAUUUGUAACGAGGGUUAUCAACAAACGGGCCUCAAAUCACACUGUGAAGAUAUCGAUGAGUGCGACGAGGAACCGUGCGACGACAUUUGCUUGAACAUCCCCGGAAGUUACUCUUGCUCUUGUGGCUCCGGUUAUUCCCUCAACUUAGACGGUAGGUCUUGUUCAGAUAUAGAUGAGUGCAAGGAGAACCCGAGGAUAUGUAAUGGCGGAAAAUGCACAAACACCAUGGGUAGCUACAUCUGUCACUGUACCGAAGGACUCUUGGCAGGUCCCGGUGGUACAUCUUGUCUGGAUAUCGACGAGUGCAAGCAAAACCCGAACGUAUGCGGGGCCGGCGAGUGCGUGAACACUCUCGGAUCUUUCCACUGCAGGUGCGAGGAAGGUUAUUCAGUGAAGCCCGAGGGUGGACCGCAGUGCACUGACGAGGAUGAGUGUUACUUGGGAACGUACAACUGCAAUGAGAAUGCCGACUGCAUAAACAAUCCGGGGUCUUACCAGUGUCGCUGCCAAGACGGAUUCACCGGCAACGGAAUAAGUUGCCGGGACAUAAACGAAUGCCUGACCAACAACGGCGGCUGCGACCAGAAUGCCCAGUGCAUAAACAACGACGGCUCCUUCAGAUGCGAGUGCGACUCGGGUUUCAAAGGGGACGGCUACAACUGCGUGGACAUAGACGAAUGCUCCAACGAUCCCUCGCUCUGCGAGAACGGCCAGUGUCUGAACUACCCGGGAUCCUUCCGAUGCGAGUGCGAGAUGGGUUUCAUGCAUCCCAGCGAGGGAAACGACCAGUCCUGUGUCGAUAUAAACGAGUGCGACAUGUUCACUAAUUUGUGCGUUUUCGGAAAAUGCGUCAACACUUUCGGGAUGUUUCUCUGCGAGUGCCACGACGGCUACAAACUCGAUGGUUCCGGCGGGAAUUGCACUGAUUUCGACGAGUGCGAGAGCCCUCAGUCUUGUGUUUACGGGGAAUGCACCAACACCCAAGGCAGCUUCCGCUGCGUUUGCCCUCCGAACCACGAACUGGUCGCUGAAGGAAAUGCCUGUAUAGAUCGUAGAACGUCUCGGUGUUUCUUACAAUACGACGGCCCGGGAAAGUGUUCGGCUCCCAGCGCAGACUAUGUGACAAAAGCUUCUUGUUGCUGCUCCGUCGGCCAAGCCUGGGGUCCGCGGUGCGAGGUAUGCCCUCCCUCCGACGCCCUGGAAUACCAACAGCUUUGCCCGGGAGGCGGAGGAUACAAGCCCAAUGAGAUCACGGUUGUUCUAGAGGACAUAAACGAGUGCGAGGAACACGAUAAUAUCUGUCAGAACGGGCACUGCACCAACACUUUUGGCAGUUUUAUUUGUUCCUGCGAUGACGGGUACAAACUGGACGAGACCGGGUAUAUGUGUGUGGAUGUGAACGAGUGUGUCGAACAUCCUGGGAUAUGUAACGUGGGGGAAUGCGUGAACGAACCCGGCAAGUAUCACUGCGUCUGUCCCGAGGGAUACAUGCCGUUGCCUGGAAGACGUGAAUGUGUGGACAUGAGAAAGGAACCCUGCUACCUGAACUGGAGCAGAUGGCGCUGUUCCACGCCCAUGAGCCAGAACCAAACGAGGAAGGUCUGUUGCUGCUCCAUGGGCCAGGGAUGGGGUGUAGACUGUCAACCGUGUCCUCUAGCAGGCACCAGCGAAUACUACUCCCUGUGCGGCGGCACCGACCCGGGCACCAUAAUCAACCCCUUCACCAACCAGACCGAGAAGAUAAACAUGUGCCAGCUGAUGCCAUCGACAACGUGCAAGCACGGGGUGUGCAGGGACACCCCCGGCAGCUUCGAGUGCCACUGCAACCACGGCUACAUCUACGACGUGAAUUCCCACCAGUGCAUAGACGACAACGAAUGCCUGAGGAACCCGUGCGAAGGCAACGCCCAGUGCAUAAACCUCCCGGGCACGUUCGAGUGCAAGUGCCCCGAGGGUUACAAGUACGGCGCCACUUACAUGGACUGCGUGGACAUCAACGAGUGCGUGGAGAAACCCAACGUUUGCCUAAACGGCGAGUGCAAGAACCUCCAGGGCAGCUUCCAGUGCAUUUGCCACACUGGGUAUCUGCUCACCUCCACCCGCGACAGCUGCAUCGACAUAGACGAGUGCGUGAGGCACCCUAACAUAUGUAAUAACGGUACCUGCAUAAACGUGGACGGUACCUACAAGUGUCGUUGCAAUGACGGGUUUAAGUUGAGCAACGACAACGAUUGCGUGGACGUGGACGAGUGCCACAUGAUGCCGUACCUCUGCAGGAACGGGAGGUGUAAGAACAGUUUGGGGUCGUUCUACUGCGAGUGUGCCACUGGGUAUACUUUGACGGUUGAUAAGCAUAACUGCAGGGACAUAGAUGAGUGCCAGGAGUCAUCAGGCAUCUGCCCGCCGCCAGGAAAAUGCACCAACGUUAUGGGUUCCUACGUGUGCACCUGCCCUGACGGUUACGAACUGAGCUCGAUCACCGGGGUGUGCGAGGACGUGGACGAGUGCGUCGUCAAUCCGGGCAUAUGCGAGUUUGGCACCUGCACCAACACGGACGGGGACGCCUUCUGCACCUGCCCCGACGGCUACAUCCUCGAGCAGCACACCAUGCGGUGCAUAGACGUGAGACAGGAGCAGUGCUUCGACAUUUACAACAGGGGUCAGUGCCUGGAACCCCGCGGAAUGAGCAUGACGGCUAAGGAGUGCUGCUGCUCGAAGGCGCAGGCCUGGGGGAAAUACUGUGAGAGAUGUCCCACGGAAGGUUCGCCUGAUUUCCUGAAGAUGUGUCCCGAGGGCCCAGGUAGGAUGGACACCGGCAGCGACUUGAACGAGUGCGAACUGAUGCCGAACGUGUGCGACGGAGGCGAAUGUAUCAAUACGGACGGCUCGUUCCGCUGCGUCUGUCCGUCCGGAUUCGUCCUGGAUAACACGGGGAAGAAAUGCGUUGAUGACAACGAGUGUGUCAGUACCCCAAACGUUUGCGGAAACGGUACUUGCACGAAUGUUCUUGGUGGUUUCGAGUGUAGCUGCAACGACGGAUGGGCUUCUGGAUCUCUACAAACAUGCGAAGAUGUCAACGAGUGCCACGAAAUAGGCAAUCAAUGUGCGUUUAGGUGUCACAACGUCCCCGGAUCAUUUAGAUGCAUCUGCCCGUACGGCUACGCUUUAGCUCCAGAUGGAAGGCACUGCACGGAUGUCGACGAGUGCAACACCCCGGCGAACAACUGCAAGUUUAUGUGCAAGAACCUGAUCGGCUCGUUUAUGUGCAUCUGUCCGGAAGGGUACUCCCAGAUCGGCCUUUCGGACGACUGUCGAGACAUCGACGAGUGCCUGGAAAAUCCCAACUUGUGUAAUAAUGGACGUUGCGUAAAUUUGCAGGGCUCUUACAGGUGUGACUGCUUUGAAGGAUUCGAACACAGCUCGGAUAGGAAGCGUUGCAUUGAUAGGAGACAGGGUAUGUGCUAUAGACAGCUGAUAAACGGCAGGUGCAGGACCCCGUACAAUGAACUGAAGAAAGCCUCCAAGGCAGACUGUUGCUGCUCUAUGGGAGAAGCCUGGGGGCCUCAGUGCGAACUGUGCCCAGCCAGGUUCUCUCCGCAGUAUCAGGAAUUGUGCUUGGACAGCGGGUUCCUGAUCGACGGACAAGACGUAAAUGAAUGCGAGACUAUUCCCGACCUCUGCCAGAAUGGUCAGUGUAUCAACACCUUGGGAUCGUACAGGUGUAUUUGUAACAAGGGGUACAAGCUGGACAAUUCCGGUUUGUACUGUUUAGACAUCAACGAAUGUCUACACAACGUCUCCCACUGCCAGUACAACUGCCAGAACACCGAGGGAAGUUUCAUCUGUUCGUGUCCUUACGGGUUCCUCCUCAAUCCGGACGGUUUGACUUGCCGCGACUUGGACGAGUGUGCCACGGGACAGCACAUUUGCCAGCAGAAGUGUAUCAAUACCGAGGGAAGCUACAAGUGCGGAUGCGAGGAGGGGUAUAGUCAGAUCGGGGAUCGAUGCCAAGAUAUAAAUGAGUGUGAUGAAGUGGGCAUCUGUCCCAAGCCGGGCAGGUGCGUGAACACACUGGGCAGCUUCAGGUGUAUCUGUCCGAGAGGUUUCAAACUGUCGACGUCGGGAACUUAUUGUUUGGAUUCUGACGAGUGCGAGGACGACUCCAAGUGUACGGAAGGCUGUCAAAACUUAGUGGGAGGGUACAGAUGUGGCUGUCCAGAGGGGUAUGUGCUCCACUACCACUUCAACCAGUGCGUGGACGAGAACGAGUGCCAGAACAACCCUUGCGGCAGCAGUGGCACCUGCUUCAACACCCCGGGAAGUUACCGCUGUGGGUGCCCGGAAGGAUACCAGUUCGAUCACAAACUCAACAUCUGCAUCCAGGUGAGUGCAGGUUGCGCCAGCUCCCCCUGCGCCUUUGGAUGCACCAGCAUGGGCAGCUCCGGUUACACCUGCGGCUGUCCCCAAGGCUACCAACGCAUCGGCCAAGGUCACUGCCUGUCCACCGUCACCCCCGCUUACACCGGGUACGCUCCCGAUAUCGGGGACGUUCCCACAUUCCCCAUCGACGACAGGUAUGGGUCGGCCUCCAACGACAAGCUGAUCACCACCGAGGGGUGCUUCUCGUGCAAGGUUAACGGCAGGCACAGGAGAGCGUCGAAACACUCUCGUCUGGCGCGGACGUCAUACAACGACACCAUAAGUUACAUAUUCAAGAGGAACGCUUUGAGAAGGAGGAUCAGGAGGCACCAUCAUGGUGAGGAGCUGGAGAUCAAGAUCGGCCUCUCGCAGACGAGGCACAGGACGAGGAUAAUAAAGCUGCAGCCGUCUGUUACGAGAGAGAUGUUAUACACGAUAGUGAGGGGUAACGAGAACAACAAGUUCGAACUAGUCAAGAAGCACGGGGUCUGGGCCCUCCACUUCCGUAGGAGGUUGAAAGAGCCUGGCGCCUUCGAUCUGGUGAUCCACGGAAGGCCCGAGGACGCUUCCAGCGCCGAGAACGGGAUCUACGAGAAACCCCUAACCUUGAGAGUACGAAUCGUGGUGACGGAGUAAACUCGAUAGCCGUUCCGACGUUUAGUCUAAUUUGGAGAUCCUUAACGGGAAAAUGAGCAAAAUUCUAACAUUACAAUUUUUUUUAACCAUUGGCGUUUUUUGUGAUAUAAAAUACAUUGCCAUACCGCGAGGAAGCCAUCACUGCCGAAAUUCUCCAAUGUGUUCUCCCUAGGUGGCAGGAUUAUUUUUGUACCGACGGUUCAGCGCUUCGCCGCCGAAGCACGUCUCUUUUUCGUUAUUUAAAUUUAAUUUUCCGACGGAUUGUGUUCAGUAAGAGACGAGGCGGAUCGAAGAACCGUGUUUUUAAUACAAUUUUUUAUAUAGCCCACUAAUAAGAGUAAAAGAUUGUAACGGUUUUCAAGUAUUAUAGAGUUAUUAUCGUAACGGCCAAAUAUGAUUUUACGGAACAUAUAUGGAUAUAUAUAUUUAUGUUUAUUUGUAUAGAUAGGUAUUUAAUUUUAAUUAGUUACCUAAAGU